AAAAUUUGUUAAUAAAAAAAUGAAUCCAAAUACACCUUUCAACGAAAGAUUUUCUAAAAUCUCUGAAAAACUAAAUUCUAUCUAAUUAUAACAUGAUUCUUCAAAGGCACAUAGAAUAGAUAACGUUUGUGGAAGAAUAACAGGAGUAGAAGAGAGAAUGUCAGACACAAUAAGUUCUUACAAUAGAAAACUUGUAUAAAUUUGAUACUAAUAUAUAGCAUACAUUAAAGGAUGAAAUAGUUCGUCUUUAAAAACAAAUAGAAGAAGAAAAUAAUGCAUUUGAAACCUAAUUUGAAUAAAGAGUAAGAGAGAUUGCUGCUUUUGAAAGUAGAAUAACAACUAAACUUGAACAAGAAAUUGCUUUGAGAAAAGAUGGAAAUCUUAAAUUACAUGGCUACUUAGAUGAGAAAGUAGAAAAGUAAUAAAAUAUUAGGUUGUAUAUUUGAAAUCAGACAUAUAAACAGAGGGAAAGAUUAGAUCAGAAUAAACAGAAAAUAUUACAACUUCAUUAGAAAAUGAUUUACCAAAAUUAUACGAUAUGGUUAAAGCUGAAGGUUAAGAUAGAGAAGAUAGUGAUAAUGGUACAUUAAGAAGAGCAGGAGAUGAAAUUAAACGAUUGAAUGAAGGUCUAGGAAAUUAGAAGAAAUUAAGGUACUGAUACAAUAAAUCAUAAAAGAGAGGAAUCUGAAUCAGCAAUAUUUGAAAUGUUAAAGGACUUGGUUUCUAGAGUUAAGAGUGAAAUAGAAGAAGAAAAAAAAUUAAGAGAAGAAUCUUAAGAGUCUCUUUUAGGAUUAUUAGAAGAUGCUUGCAACAAAAUUUAUAGAGCAGCUAAAGACUGAAUAGAUAUAAACAUUCAAAUUCAAUAAUU